GGGGAGUAAUGCGCGCGCUGAUUGGGGGAGCGCAGACCCGCAGCAAAUCCGCAGCGCCCUUGUUACCAGACGGGUCGCGACGGGGGAAGCGUCCGAAGUGAGGAGAAAGUAGCCGGGAGGCGGUGGCGGACCCGUCCCCUGCCUGAUCCAGAUGGCGUUUAGUUUCAGGAGAGGCCGGAAGGGCCCCUUCAAACAUAUAGCUCAUGGCCUGGUCCCUGCUGCUACCAUAGCUCCUAAACCUGCAGUUCCCCGCACCCCUCCCCCUCGUAGUCCAAACCCUUCUCCAGAAAGGCCCAGAUCUGCUUUAGCAGCAGCUAUCCUUGCAACAACACUAACAGGGCGCACUGUUGCUAUUCCUCAGCCUCGGCAGCGAUCGCUUUCAGAAAGUGAUGCCACCUACGUGGAACAGGAAUGCUUUGAACCAUAUGCCACAGUCACAGAGCUCAGAAUGGGGCCCAACUGGAAACUUGAUGGUAGUGACAGAUCUCCUGUACAGUCCCUGGAAAUGUCAGGCAACUAUUGUGAGGAUGAGGACAUGGAUACCUAUCUUUCAGAUGCUGAUAAAGAGGCAGAGUCCAGUUGUCAGAGUAAUGAGAAAAGGGGAGGAAGCUUUAGCACCAAUGCUAUUUAUGCUGUUCCCUGCAAAAAUAAAAAGGAAGAGUUUUCAGCAUUUCCUGGUACUAAAGUUGACAAGAAAGAGACACCUUCUCACGAAACAGAGUUUCAAGUGGUGGUCCAUGAGUCAAACAUGCAAAUAGAAGAAGACCGACAUCUUGGCUUGAAUUUAAAGGAAGAAAUAUCAUUGGCUGAAAAUCUGAUAUGUGAAAAGCCUCCACCAUCCCCAGAUGUGUCGAUUCGGGCAAGGCAAGCACGGGAAAAUAAGACUAAAGAAAAGUUCAGAGAACUAAAACAAGAAAACUGGUCUCUGACCAAAGCGUACCAGGCUAUGGUCCAACAAUUUGAGAGAACAAAGCAGCAAAUAGAAGAACAGCAAUUAAAGCUGAAGAGACUAGAACAAGAAAACAGGAGACUUAAAGAAGCUACAGAGAAAUCAUAUCGAGAAGAGGAGGCUACAGAAUUACUUUCUCUCAGACAACAAGCACAAGAACUGGUAGAUGAAAACGAUGCUUUGAAAAUGACGGUCCAUCGUUUAAAUGUAGAAUUAAGUCGCUAUCAAACUAAAUUCAGGCCAUUGUCCUGGGAAGAGCAUCCAAGACUGAAAAGUUUACCCAUGAAAGGACCACCACCCCCAUGGCUGUUGGAUAUGAAGUAUUUGUCACCUCUUCUGUUGGCAUAUGAAGAUAGAAUAAGAGAAAAGGAAGAUUUACAUCUUGAACAUGAGGAGGAUAUGAAGAAUUUUAAAGCACGAGUUGAAGAGCUGGUGAGAGAGAAUGAAGACCUGCAUAAGCAAUUGAAUAAAAAUAACUUCAUUACCCCUACAGAAUGGCAGCAACUGCAAACUCAGGCCAAGCUGGUCUUGGAAGAAAAUGGAUUGUUGAUGGAGCAACUUGAAAUUCAACAAGCUAAAGCCAGAGAUAGUCACAGACAACAUGUUCAAGAAGCUUCAAAAUUGACAAAACAGAUAAUAAUCUUGGAAGGUAAGAAAAAGAGACAAGAAGAAGAGAUAGCAGAGUACCAGAAGCAGUUGGAAGCUUUGUGUUCUACCUGUGAAGAGCUGAAAGCCAAACUGAACAGCAGAAUAGCAGCAGAGGAGCACUUUGCUUUGGUGAAUGAUUUAAAAAGCCAUUUACAACAGGAGCAGGAGAAAAAGCGCUAUGAGGUGGAAGAACUAAUGGGAAAGAUAACAUCGCUGGAAGCUCACAAGAAGAAACUGCUUUUAGAGAAAAAUAACUUCAUGGCUGACAACAAGAUCCUAGAAACUGAGAUGGAAUUGACACGAAAGACAAACAGGCAAUUAAAGAAGAAAAUAGGUCUUCUGAAACUGCAGUUGGAGGAAGCAAUGGAAAAAGAAGUUGCAGCUCAUCACUAUUUAACAAACCUUAUUGGUUUGGUGGAGAAGAUAGCGCAGGAACGUGACCAUCUUAUUUUUUUGGCCAAAUGUUUGGAAAAUGAGAAUCAUGGUGUUCUUAACAAAAUAGUAGAAGGCAGUCUACGCUUAGGAAGACUGGAAGAAAAAGUUAAGACACAAGGUCACCCAGUCCUGUGUUCCAGGUCAGAUGCACUGUGUGCAUGUCACAAGAUUCCCUGGGGCUUCUUCCACAUGGCUGCAGAUGUGACCGAGGUGUAUAAAAAGAAAGCAGCCGGGAAGCUUGGCAAUAUCAGUCUCAAAAUGACUGAGCAGGAGAAAGAAUUUGCUGGGAAGACUGCCCAGUUCCAGCAAGAAAUAGAGCGUCUCCAGCAGCUGCUGCAGGACAGACAGGAAACCCUGGAUGAAGCGCUGCAGCAGAAGAGGAAAGUGGAAGGGGAACUUGAAAUCAUUUGGGAAUCCACAUCCAAAGAAAACAGGAGAAUGAGAGAACUCUUACACAAAUCCCUGGGGAAGAACAGGCUGUGGAGCAUUGUAACAGCACACGAGCCAGCCUUAGAUAAAAGCUCUCAGAAAGACCAAGUUUACGGACAUGAUUUUAGCUAUUGUGAUGUGAAACCUUCAUCCCCUACUAAAAAUGAAAUUCAACAAGAAUCUCAGUGAUAAGAAUUAAGAUGCAUUACACAUCUCAUCCAAGAAAGAGAACUCAGUGCCUGAAUUUUACUUUUUCAACUAUGGAUGAUGUAAUGGAACAUUUACCCUCUUCGAGAUUACUGUAUUUUUAGUGUCAUCAAAAUGACAACAGCCUAUUCUCCAGCUGUACCAUCAGUAGUGUAAAUCUAGCCUAAAAUAUGACUUUGGUUUUUUGAAGGCUAUUCCUUGUUAAGGCAAAUCGUGAUACAGCGCUAGGUUAACAUACGGAGACAAGUAUUCAGUUAACAAGAUAAAAAAAAAAUCAGUAAGCUUGGUGUUCCAGCACAGACAUACACCUUGCCAAAAAACAAGUGAAGAGCAAAACAGAAAGCCUUCAAGAUGGUACAUAAUGUGUCUCCAUUAUGUAUGCUUUAAUUUAAAGGACACAUUUCAAUAAAUUCUUCCCAAAUCACCAAAUAAAGCGAUCUAUACUUGAUCUAUGAAGUAGGGAGGAAAAAGUAAUGUGUUGUCGUCUGUUCUCAUUGCUGGUAAUGAAGCAUCUUGACAUCAUAAGAUGUCCUUAUGUCCAGACUGUCUGCCAAGUCACCUCACGGACAGAGGACAAUGUGAUGGUGAAGCAGCCAAGACAGACACAUACUCACGAGGCCCAGGCCCACGAAGCAGAUCUGCAGGAGCCCAGCGUCAGCACAUCCCAUCCCAGGUUUGACAAGAUGCCAGCAGAGGCUGCAGCCUUCCUCUAGACUCAGUUCAUCCCACUGAGAUUCAGUACCUGCACAAGUCACAUUUUUUCCCCAGAAGCAUUCUCUGCAGCACUGACAGCCUUUGCAUUAUUACAAUGACUAUUUUUCUUAGCUUUCUUAAUUGUUGAUUUUUCACAACAGUGCACAUUAACAUCGGAGUAGCACAUAUUGGUAUGAAAUGACUUUAUUUUGGAUUUACGUAGAACUUGUUGGAUCAGCUUUUUGCUUUAGCUUCAUCUGCAAAACAAAACCUAAAUGGUACCAGGAAAUUUUAACAGGAAACCCUUUAACUAUUGUAGUUGUGUAAUAUUAGAAAUAAUGAAGCAUCUCAGUGGCUUUGAUAAAGUUAACAAAAAGAGUAGAAAGCCAAGUUAAUCCCCAAAAGAAUACAUACUCUUCUUGUCUAGAAGGUUUCCUGCUAUUCUGAGGUGCAGGGCCUCAACUGGGCAGAAGAGGGUAAUUUAGGAGAAGGUGGGGAGAGGGUCUCCAGUCCCACCAUGGGUUUUGGUGCUGUGUGUAUGUACUGUUUUUAAAGCUGGCUCCUGCCAUACACUGGGAAGCCAGAGACUCUGCAGAGUCUUAGAGCACUUGAGCAAUCCUCAUGCACUCAGAUACCACCCUGAGGAGAGACAAAACACCAAGGUAGCUGAAGUCAAACAUGCACAAGUCCUACAAUCAGUGGAAUUUUAAUACGGACUUUAAUUACUUUGCUGGGAAUGAGUGCCACAACCUCACCAUCUCAUCCAGGUAAGACUUCAACACGUCAUGUUGAGACUGACUAACAGCCAGCACCGCUACCGCAUGGUCUCCUCCUGGGCAGUUAACAGAGGGACAUCUUCCAAUUGUUUCCUCCCAGCUUUUUCAACUUGAUUAUUUGAGGACUCAAGGACUCAGAAUAACAACCAAAACAAAAGAAAAAACUUUUUAAGCACAGUCUUAAAUGACUCAGAACGUGAAGCUGCCAGGGAGGUUUUCCUGGGUUUUUGGGGAGAGGGAGGGCGGGGGUGGUCUGUUGCUAAACCAGCCCCAAAUCCCAUUUUCCUUGAAUUUGAAAAAUCUAAUUUGAAAUGGAAGGUCUGAAAUACCUCCUCAGACAAGUUAUAUGUAGAUGAUGCAGACAUACACACUCCCCUCUUUGCCACACAAGCUCCAGUCUGCCCAAGUGCUGACCCUGAUCCUGAAAGAACAUCAAACAGGGCUAUACCCACAUUGUUUUUUGUGGUUUUGAAGGCAGGUUUUGCAAAUUGAGUAUUUUAUUGACAUUUUUCAAGAUAAGCAUCUCUGAGUAUCCAAAUACAGCCUUGGAACUGCAUAUGUAAAUGAUUUACGUAUUCUUCCCAUCUGUUUUUAAUUGCCUUUUUGAAUAGGUCUCAAGAUUUUUGUAAAAAUAAACGACUUCACAGGGAAAAAACAUUAUAUUAAUAAUUCCUUAGAAAUAGAAGUGAGAUUUUUCAAAACUCUCAAUAUUGGCUUAUCUGUUCUUCCACUCAAGUGAAUUGGGAAUGUCUUGGAACUACGCUUGCGCCGCAUCUGCUUCCCGUUUUCACAGCUCUUAUGGGAGGGCAGGUUUAACACAUGGUUCACAGGACAGCACCCCCAAUUAACUAUCAGGAUCUCAUUAUCUUAAUUUUUUUUCCACAGUGUGAAAGACGACUUCCCUAUUUUUUUUUAAACUGCCUAGCCCUAGUAUUAUACAAAGCUAGCCACUGACAGUUUAAUUGUUUCCACUCCUUGCUACCACAACACAGAACUGCAAUGCUGCUAAACAGCCAGGAAGCUAAUAAUCUGGCAACAUUUACUGGAGGUUCAUCUGGGAGGGAACCUCUAGGAAACAGAAUUUCUUCUCUAACUAAUAUAUAAACACUAAGGAAGAAACAAAACUUGUAAUCAUUCUUCACUUUUCUGUUUAGCACCAAGGAUGGAAAUAGAUUACUUCAAUUAACCUUUGAACCAAGCACACUAAGUAAUGGGAUGAAGUUCAUGGAAGAAAAUAGCAUCAGGAAAGAGCACCAAAGGCGCAGUCUGAACUGUGGAACACCUGCCUUUAGAAACUCAAAAGGCUGCAGCUGAGGGAGACUGCGGAGCUUCUGUCUCACACCUUCACCUAGAACUUGUCACCUAAGCCCCAAAGCACUACCAGGUUCUUUGUGGGUAUGGUAUGGACAUGGCAAACCUUUGACAUCUGCAGCAAUCACACAGACAAAGGUCUCCUUCCCCUCUCCAGCUGGCUCCAUUUGCAUAGAAAUCACUUCACGCAUACCAAAGCCGAACUGGAAUCCAGCUCAAAGCUCACAGGCAAAAUUCAAAGCUUUCAGGAUGUUUUGUAUACAAACAGAAGCUUCUCAUCCUCCAGCUGUCACCUCUUGUGAAGCUGGUACAUUUGUUUUGGUUUCUCUUCCCGUGCUUAGUGCAGGUUUCAGCACACUGCAGGGAUUCAGGGUCAGAAAGAAAUGCCCUUACAGGAGGAUUUACCAGAUGCUGGCUUAACCUUUCAUUAAAGGUGUGUAACAAAAGAAACCUUUUAACUUUGGGUUCUAGCCCUUCACCAGCUCACUCUAUUGGAGCAUCCUCCCAAUUUUGUACCAUGCACCAUUCUGUACGCUACUGCAAUUUGCUGGUGAGAAUGAGUCACCAAUAAAAGCACGUCCAAAAA